AACUCAUUAGGAAACUGUUUACUGAGGUAACAAUACAAUCAAGUGAGAAAUAGGGUCACUUUCUCAUAGAUAAUUGACUUCUUCCUGGAGCCAGUGAAGUCGCCCCCUGCCAGCGACUAUAGAGAAUGCAGGUUUAAUGCACGUCCACAUUGGCUUCACUUUUCAGACCUGGAACUACCAGCUUGGGGGGGCAGUGCUGCUUCUUCAUCCUCGGAUUGAAGGCAAACUGGACGCUACAGUGACUCACUAUUGCCCUUGACUGUCAAAACUAAUUUUAGUUAAAUUUUGAAUGUUUUAAACUAAAAUUCUGGCCAAAUCCUACAUAGUGCACCUUUAACAACACCCCUGAAAAUGUUGUAAGCAACUUCAAACACAAUAAAGUUUAAUUGAAUUAAGGGCGUUGCCUAAAAACACGUGUGUGAGUUCACUCUGGUGCCUGGAAACAGCAGCAGAGUGAGUGCUCUGUUCGCCCCGCCUCUCUCAGCAGCUUCCUCAGGUGGUUGCAGCAGCAGCAGCAGCAGGACGGAGGAAUGUGACGGGCCUCACCUCUGCGGAACAAAAACAUGGAAAUACAACUUUACUAUGUCACCCGGAGAGGAUUUAAAAUCUGAUUUAACACUUGAGCGAUGAGGAGAAUUGAUCUCUGCACACAGGAGCGGAUCUGUAGUUUCUGACACUUUGGAUUACUUCACAGGUGUUUUUGUACCUGAGGUUGCGGAUCAGACAGUAUAGUAUUUACUUUUUUUUUUUUUUACGGGGUUUUCUACAUUAGGACAGUUUGUUUUGUUUAGAGCUCAUCAUGCCGGAGCUGAUCAGUGUCACAGAGUUUAUUUCAGAGACUAAUGAGGACUACAAAGCUCCAACCACCUCCAGCUUCACCACUCGGAUGUCCCACUGUAGGAACACAGUGGCAGCUCUGGAGGAGGCUCUGGAUGUGGACCGAUCGGUUCUGUAUAAGAUCAAGAAGUCGGUGAAGUCCAUCAACACGUCUGGUCUUGCUCAUGUGGAACACGAGGAGCAGUUCAUCCAGUCGAUGGAGAAGUUCGGGGACAACUGCGUGAGCAGAGAGGACGCCGACGUCGGCUCCGCCUUCCUCAAGUUCGCCAUUUUCACCAAAGAGCUGGCGGCGCUCUUCAAAAACCUGUUGCAGAACAUGAACAACAUCAUCACUUUCCCUCUGGACAGCCUGCUGAAGGGAGACCUGAAAGGAGUGAAAGGGGAUCUGAAGAAGCCGUUCGAUAAGGCCUGGAAGGAUUAUGAGACCAAGCUCGCUAAAAUCGAGAAGGAGAAGCGGGAACACGCCAAGCAACAUGGGAUGAUUCGCACCGAGUUCAGCGGAGGAGAGAUCGCCGAGGAGAUGGAGAAGGAGAGACGACUCUUCCAGCUUCAGAUGUGUGAAUAUCUCCUGAAAGUGAACGAGAUCAAAGUGAAGAAAGGCGUCGACUUUCUCCAGAACCUCAUCAAGUAUUUCCACGCUCAGUGCAAUUUUUUCCAGGACGGACUGAAAGCCGUGGAGAGUCUGAAACCCUCCGUAGAGAAACUGGCCACAGACCUGACGGCGAUUAAACAGACGCAGGAUGGAGAGAGGAAACAGCUGAUUCAGCUCAGAGACGUGCUGAAGGCUUCGCUGCAGUCUGAGCAUAAAGAGGACGCUCAGGCCAAGCAGAACGCAGGAUACAGCCUCCAUCAGCUGCAGGGCAACAAGGCUCACGGCACCGAACGCUCCGGAGUCCUCUACAAGAGAAGUGAGGGACUGAGGAAGGUGUGGCAGAAGAGGAAGUGCUCGGUGAAGAACGGUUUAUUGACCAUCUGCCACGGCACGGCUAACAGACCUCCAGCCAAACUCAACCUGCUCACCUGUCAGGUGAAGAGAAACCCAGACGAGAAGAAGAGCUUCGAUCUGUUCUCACACGACAGAACUUAUCAUUUCCAAGCUGAGGAUGAAGCCGAGUGUCAGAUCUGGGUGUCGGUGCUGCAGAACAGUAAAGAGGAGGCGUUGAACAUGGCGUUUAAAGGAGACCAAGAUGAAGGAGAGAACAACAUUGUUCAGGAGCUGACCAAAGCCAUCGUAGGAGAGGUGAAGAGGAUGAGCGGCAACGACAGCUGCUGCGACUGUGGAGCUGCUAGUCCCACCUGGCUGUCCACCAACCUCGGGGUGCUGAUCUGCAUCGAGUGUUCGGGGAUCCACAGGGAGAUGGGGGUCCACUACUCCAGGAUCCAGAGUCUGGACCUGGAUGUCCUGGGAACCUCCGAGCUGCUGUUGGCUAAGAACGUGGGAAAUGCCAACUUCAACGAGAUCAUGGAGGCCGACCUGUCAGCGCAGGAUGUAACCAAACCUGAUCCGAGCAGUGACAUGCAGAUGAGGAAGGACUACAUCACGGCGAAGUACACGGAGAAGCGCUUCGCCCAGAAGCGAUGUGCUGACGCUGCGUCCAGGCUGCAGGUUCUGUACGAGGCCGUCAGGAACAGAAACAUCCUGUCGCUCAUCCAGGUCUACGCCGAGGGGGUGGACCUGAUGGAGGCCAGCCCACAGCCCAACGAACACGAACCUGGAGAGACAGUGCUCCACCUGGCGGUCCGUAUGGUCGACAGAAACUCCCUCCACAUCGUCGACUUCCUCGCCCAAAACAGUGGGAACCUGGACAAGCAGACGACCAAAGGAAGCACAGCGCUGCACUACUGUUGUCUGACCGACAACAGCGAAUGUCUCAAACUGCUGCUGAGAGGAAAAGCUUCAGUUUCCAUCACAAACGAAGCCGGAGAGACGCCGCUGGACAUCGCCAAACGUCUCCGACACACUCAGUGUGAAGAACUGUUGACUCAGGCUCAGACAGGAAAGUUUAACGUCCACGUCCAUGUUGAGUAUGAGUGGCGUCUCCAAAACGAGGACCUAGAUGAGAGCGAGGACGAGAUGGAGGACAAGCCCAUCCCUAACCGGCGUGAGGAGCGUCCGGUCAGCUGCUUCGUAUCAGGCAGCGGCUCCAUGCAGUCCAACCUGGCGGUGUUGGCACGUGACGCCGCCAGCAUGGCGCGGGACAAGCAGAGACCUCAGGUGCCCAGCAUGAUGAUCAACAACGAGACCUACGGCACCAUGAUGGACUUCAACCUGCCGCCGCCGGGCCCAACACCUCCGCUGCCGCCCAGAGGACCACACAGAGGAGGACCAGGACACGGCAAAUCUGCUGCCAUGGACACUGUAGGAAGACAGCGAUCGUCCUCCGACCCCCCGAACCCGCACACCCCCGAGAGAAACGCCUCCAUGUACGUACUCCCAGGAGCCCCUCCUCCUCCGCCUCCUCCUCCUCCUCCAGUAAACAAGAGGUCCAGCACGUUGGAGACCAAGACCCUGUCAGCCAAGAACACCCCCCUCCCUCCUCUGCCUCCUCCCUCAGCAGCAGGACCCCCUUCCGUCCCUCCGGUUGUCCCAGUACCUCCAGUCCCUACACCGUCCUCCAUCCCACCACCACCUCCCCACAAAGCUCCAACCCUCCCCCCGCCCGUCCCCGGCCACCAGCCAAGCAGACCGCUGGGACCCAAGCCAUCACCCAAAUCACCCAGUGGAUCAGGGAAGAGUCCUCCACAGAGACCGCCUCUUAGGACUGGAUCUGUGGAUAAACGAGGUUCUCAGGCCAAAUCCCCCCACAGUUCUGGUCCUCCAACACCCAAACCCAGAACCGCCGUCAUUAAGCAGAAGCCUCAGAGGGUUAAAGCCAUCUACAACUGUAAAGCUGAUAAUCCAGAUGAGCUGACGUUCGAAGAGGGAGAGGUGAUCGUGGUGGAGGGGGAGGAGGACAGCGAGUGGUGGGUUGGUUACAUCGAAGGAGAGCCAACCAGACGAGGAGUGUUUCCCACCACGUUCGUUCACUUCAUCACAGAGUGACGUCACACCUUGUCACUGCUCACUUCCUGUUGUUCACCAGCAAGACAAAGACUCAAAGAGACCCUCCUCUGGAUCGGCUGGGAAACUCAGAGCUGCAGCUCGACCGGAAACCAAAACAAAACACAGACUGCCAGCUCCAUUCACACUUUUCCUCCUCCGUCUUUACAAACUCAUGUUGUUGUUGUCUGUGAUUUGUUCAAACCUGCAGAACUUUAUUUAAAUUCUAGAGGAAAUCCCAACGUUUCCAAAGAUACUAAAUCUGUCAGGCUGAACUUUGGGGAAAUAAAUGAAAUAAAAACACAACAAAGAGCUGCAACAACGUGAUGCAGAAUAUUUAUAACACUGUCAGACAGAGUAGGAAAACUUUAGAGCUACUAUGGUGGAAAUUUAAAGGACAGUUUCACAAUGUAAGUGAUGGAGGACAAAAUCCACAGUCCUCCUUCUGCGCAAAAAUGUAUUUAA